UGAAAAAAAUUCUAUUUGAGAUUUAAAAAGUUUAAGCUAUAGAUCCAUUAAUAUCUCAAAUAUUUUAAGCUAAAGAUUUCUCAAAUUUUAAGCUAAUGAUUUCUUAUAUCAUAUUUUAUUAAUCUAUUAAUAUUUAUCUAUUAAUACAUCUUAUAAUUACUCUGAUAGGUCAUUUAUUAAUUAGCAUCAAACAUUUGCCUAGUAAAUGGUAGUUAUUUAAUUUAAAACAAAUGGCAAAAAUGUCUUCAUAUCUUUUUACUCCUGAUAAGUAAAAAAUAUAAUGUAUGGAUUAAUUAUCUUGUAAUACCUCAUUUUACAUGUGAUUGUUUCUUAUUUUACAACUGUAGAAGAUUUGAACUUUUGUUCUAUAAUUUAGACUGUUUUUUCACCAUUAAACCAAAAACUUACCACAGAAUAUGUAUUACUACCAUAGUGGCACAACAACUUAACUCUGAAAGACAGUUUUAAAAGUAAAAUAAAAACGAUAUUUCUAUAUCAGAAAAAUAUUCAUAUUUAGUGUCUAGGUCUGGGUGAUUAUGGCACAAUUCCCUGCAUUAUAAAUCCCAGUCUAAAUGUCACAUCAAUGAAAUUCAAUUAAACAGUUUUUCCAUAAGAAAACAAAACUGCAGUUUCAUACAAAAGCUUAAAACAAAGCAGUAUCUUCUCACAGCAAUGAAUAAACUUAACUCUGCAUCUAGUUCCCCGACUUACUAAAGGGUCACAAACCACAGUUUGAGAGCCUUGGUGUUAGAUAAUGAUCCAAUAAAAGACUGUUGAUUUCAUGCACCUUUCACUGGCCUGUGGUUCAUUCUUCACUGGAAUGACUCAUCUGUCCUCUGUCAGUGUGAUGCACCACUGUCCAUCUCCAUUUUACUUUAGUACUUCCUUCACAAUCCAAUCACCUUUAAUCACUUCUCCUUUUUGUGAGUCUUGCCUUUCACAUUUCACUGAUCUCUUUAGACUUUAGACUCUUUUCUUCUUUGCAUCAAUUUUGCUGUGUUAAAAUGGCAAAAAAGUGCUGUGAUGGUGGUCAUUAAUGUGCUUUCCAAACAAAGUAGACACUCCCAGCAAUCGAGUCCACAGUGACUCUAUGGUUUCUGGGGAGGGAGCAAAUGCCACUGUUGAAGGAGCUGCUGCAGAGGGCGGAGACUCCGUGGGAGCUUCCUGCUCCGAGAAGCCAGAAGACACUGCCGAGGAGGAGUGUGGGAAGAAGCUGAGUGGAUCUCUCUGGGCCUCUGAGGACCUCAGCAGCAGGUCAGGGUUCAGAGAGGACAUGCCAGCCACCAGCAGGGGGAGCCCUGAGUGGAGUGGAGCUGUGGACACUCAGAGGGCCAUCAGCCUAGACGCCUGCGAGUGUCUGAAUGGGGAUCUGUCUGGGACGGCUUUAGUCAGGAGCGCAGCUUUGGAAGACCUAACAUCCAUCGAUGACAGGAGCACGUGGGUCGGCCCAGAGGGAGAAGAGCUGGUCACAGAACAGACCAAAGAUGGACUGACUUCUGAUGUAACAGCCUUAGUAUCCCACAGGGACACUGAAAGCAAAAUAAUUCAAGAAACACAGGACACCCUUCAAAGCAAGAGCCUACCACGGUCUAAGUUGGACUCUCCUUCAGAAGAUCUCAGUCCAGCAGAGAGCACUGUGAACAUUUGUGAGGAAGGCGGACUUGUGGCCAAAAUUCCAUGUGACCGGGUGGCUGAAAACGGCAGCAGUGAGUCAUUGUCGCACAGGGACGUCCGUUCAGACACUGACAUUUGUCUCAGUGAGUCAGAGAUGAGAGGCUGUGAAGCUCAGACCACUGUUACCACUGAGCUGCAGAAAACGCCUCCUCUCCAAACACCUCCAGCCCCAAAGUCUCUGCUGCCUGUGGCUGUUUCCAAAGCUCAAGCGAAGAUGGACAAUGGUUCCACGGAGAAGUCUCAAACUGCCACCACACCAACCUCAUCCCUCAAAAGGCCGUCUGUAGUCAACAGGGGCAACAAAACAGCUACCUCUCCCCGAAACGGCCACAGCUCCAUCCCAGUUAAAACCAACAGCCUGGGGUCCAGACAGUCUGGAGCUGCUGCUAAACCUCAAACCCCUGCAGCUAAAACCUCCGUAAGAACUGUAGCUCAGUCAGAUGCCCAGAGUGGACAGAGCAGCCCCGGGACUCCAAAAUCACCCGCUAGCCAAGCAGCUUCUGGAAAGUCUGCGGCCGAGGCUAACAAAGUGAAAAAGGUUGCUGUGGUGCGUUCCACCCCCAAGUCCCCAGGUUCGCUCAAGAGCCGCUCCCCAGCUCCUCUGGCUGCUGCAGCACCAAUGCCGGACCUGAAGAACGUCAGGUCCAAGAUUGGCUCCACAGACAACAUCAAACAUCAGCCUGGAGGAGGAAAGGUACAAAUCCUUGAUCAGAAGGUGGACUAUGCUAAUGUCCAGUCUAAGUGUGGCUCCAAAGACAAUAUCAAACAUGUACCCGGUGGCGGCAAUGUCAAAAUCCUGGAGAAGAAGAUGGAUUUGACCGAAGUCCAGGCUCGCUGCGGUUCUAAAGACAACCUGAAGCACAAGCCUGGAGGAGGCAAGGUUAAAAUCCUUGAUCAGAAGGUGGACUAUAGUAAUGUCCAGUCAAAGUGUGGCUCCAAAGACAAUAUGAAACAUGUGCCCGGUGGCGGAAAUGUACAAAUUCUUGAUAAGAAGCUGGACUUAAGCAAUGUGCAGUCCCGGUGUGGCUCCAAAGAUAAUUUAAAACAUGUUCCUGGUGGUGGCAAUAUUCAAAUCGUGCACAAAAAGAUCGAUCUGACCAAUGUCCAAGCUAAGUGUGGAUCGAAAGACAACAUUCGUCACAAACCAGGUGGUGGAAACGUGGAGAUUAAAACCGAGAAGCUAGAUUUCAAGGCCCCGUCUAAGGUCGGCUCUUUGGGCAACAUUGGCCAUGUUCCUGGAGGUGGACAGAAGAGGAGGGAGAAGGGGAAAGACACAGAGGGGAGCACCUCAGACAGCCCUUCAUUCUCCUCCCCCGCUGUCUCUCCUCCUCAGUCACCUCAGACUGUCCCAUCAGCCCCCAACACACCCAUCCUGACGAACCCCCUCAUAAAGAUUGAGGACUCCUAUUGAGAGCCACAAGCUGUCCUUCCGUGAGACGGCCAAGGCCCGCACUGACCACGGUGCUGAGAUCAUCUCUUUGGAAGACUCCCCCCAGCAGCUCAGCACCGUCUCCUCCUCUGGCAGCAUCAACAUGGCCGACCCACCGC